UUUUGCAUUGAGCUUGCUGCGAGGAGUCGACCAAGCGUCGAAGAUGGACGAGGAAGCGCUCCUCGAGAUGAAGUACACAUCCUGGUGCUGUGGGGUCCGACAUGUGCUCUCGCAGCUUCUAGCCCUCGGGAAGGCGCACGUCCCGCGGCAGUCGCCGACGACCAAGCCGGACGCGCCGGCCUUCUCGCUCAUCCGCUGCUCCGAGUGCCCGCUGCUGUGGCAAAUCAAAGGCGGCGCCAACGACGUAUUUAUUCACACCAAGACGGAGAAGAACGUGAUGACGCAACAAGACGUGGCCACGGACGUCGUCUUGUUUCCGCAGCGCUUUGCUCGCUUUGAAGACUCGGUCUCGGCCUUGCACUCGCUUCAAGGUGUCUCGUUCGUGCAUCUGGACUUGGGCAAAUGCAUCCAGACCCAUCCGACGUCGACCUUGCUCGAGUUGAACGAAAUCGAGCGUGCCGCUGACCAGCUCAAGGCCCUGCGCGAUUCUUUGAUCGAGAAGGCAAAAGCCGGCAACUACAGCGCGUUCUUGGCCCACAUCAAGACGGACGUGAGCUCCAAGUGCCACAAGCUUGCGCUCAUUUACGUUCACGCCCAGCUACGCAACGUUGGGUCCAAGCGCACGGGCAAGCGUAAGAUCGUCAUAUUGCGGCGAACUGCGUUUACACGGUGGAUGAAUACCAAGUUCCCCGAGGCCGACAAGGUCGAGCGACCGACCAAAGUCGUUCGGACGUCGCCGCCGCUGCGCACAACGACGACAGUCUUGACGUCGCAUGGCACGUCCUUUUUCGACGCCAUCAUGGAGAAGAACCCGAAUGCCGCACCGGCACGCGCGACCGAGUUUGCAUUGGCAGUGCAAGCCGAGUUGAAGAAAGAAGUGCUAGUGCGCUCGGCGUCCCAACUCAGAUCUUGCAUGGUCAAGCUCGUCGACGACCUCAAGACAAAAGAAGAGAUGGAGCUUAACGUACUCCUGGGCCCGAAUAUGAUCGGCACCUACAUUAGGCGCUUUUUCCCCGCGCACCCCACGCUCCGCCCCGCUCAAACCAUGGACCUCACGCCUCGCCCUGCGCAAACCACGGACGUCACGUCCCGCCCGCUCCGCCCGGCACUUCUCCCCGAAAACCGCCCCCCGCGUCCCUCCAGAAAGUACGUCACGUUCCCGCCCAGCCUGCAGCACAUCAAGUUUUUCGACGUUGACGACACCCCAGAGAGUGUCCGCGCUGCCCCGGUGCACCAAAGACGUUCGCCCGAGACGACAACCCGCGCCGUGCACCGCGGCGGACCCACGCCAACGUCCAAGGCGUACGAACCGUUCACUCGAAAGAUGCAGCGUGUUUCAAAUGAUUGAUUAUUGUGUUGUUCUAGUCGUUCUGUUCUAGUCGUAAGAUCAAGCAGCUUUGUCUUCCUUCC